AUGAAGAGGCGCCGUGAGGUGGAGACGAAUCGGCGGCGGCUGACGCUGCUCGGUCUAUUCGCGGCAGCUCAUCUUUCGCCGGAGCCGUCCAAUAACAAGGGAUCCGGCGCGGCCGGGCCGCUGAAUAAUUCCGGCAGUCGGGCGCGCAAAGCCGCCCUAAGCCGGCCUCCUUGCCGGAGUCGCCAUUUGGUCCGCGGCGGGUUCCAGCCGCGCCUUCCGACUUCGCUGCCGCCCCCAGGGCAGCAGCAGCAGCCGUCGCCGCUACCACGCCGACAGCCCGUCCCGUUGAUGCCUCCCGCGCAGCUUCAUCCGGGAGCGCCCCAGGUGGUUGCUCCGGCGCCUGCGGUCCCUCUUCAGUCGCCACCGCCUUCUGAGCUGAUGGACGUCGACCCCUCAGCCGGGCCGCCUUCCCAAGCGGUGGCUGUGCAGCCUGUCCUGCAGCCGCUUUCCUUGGGCACCCCCAAGGAGUCUGACACCGCAGCGCCUUGUCCGGCGCCCACUCGGCAGCCGUCGACGCAGCGUCAGGAGACGCUGCCUCUCUUCGUGGGUCCCGACGCCCCGUCGCGUCCAGUACCAGAAGCUGCGCCCGUGGUCACAGGCGUGCACCCUGACCUCGGUUUUCCGUCGGUGUUUCCCGAGGCCCCGCGCAGCCAAUGCUGGGGUCCGGACCGGGGACUGCCACCGACAACAGUCUCCGCCCCGACGGAAGCGGUUCCCGCCGCCGCCGCCGCCGCCCCCGCGCCGCCCCAUAUUUCUCGCCAUUACAGGGGCCCAUCGCGCAUGGCAGGCACGUCGCGGCCGUAUUUUGCCGCGCCGGAAUUAGUAGCUAUGUGA